CCUCCUCUUCUCCUCCUCCUCCUCUUCCUCCUCAUGUUUGUCCGCCCGGAGGAAGGGGCGGUCUCAGCGCCGCGGCAGAUCCGGAAUUAGAAGGUGUUCGCUCGGCUUGGCUCGGCUCCGUCGCUCGGUUGGAGCUCCGCGGCCGGUUCGGUUCUACUGGAGAAACAAGAAGAGGAACCAGCUUAAAGAACAAACACACACAGUGAGAAAAAGAAAAAAAGGAAGCAAGAAGAGAAGCCGGUUGGACUGAAAAGUGUACGACCGAGGGAGGGACGAGACGAGAACAAACGGGGCAGAAAAGAGGAAUAAAAAAAAGAAGAAAGACAGAAAGAAAAGUAGGAUAAAAGGAGGAGAAGAUGCCUCUGGCUCAGCUGGCGGAUCCCUGGCAGAAGAUGCCUCUGGGGGCUGGAGAGGAUGCUCAUCAGGAUCCUGAGGACUCGGUGGGCGAUGACGACUCCAUGCCUGCCUGCACCGACGAUGUGCCGAUCAAGGAGAUCAGCAUCACUCAUCAUGUGAAGGAGGGAUCGGAGAAGGCCGACCCGCGACAGUUUGAGCUGCGUAAAGUCCUGGGACAGGGCUCCUUCGGCAAGGUGUUUCUGGUGAGGAAGGUCACGGGGCCAGACGCCGGUCAGCUCUACGCCAUGAAAGUCCUGAAGAAAGCCACACUGAAAGUGCGUGACCGGGUCAGGACAAAGAUGGAGAGAGACAUCCUGGUGGAGGUCAACCAUCCCUUCAUCGUCAAGCUGCACUACGCGUUUCAGACGGAGGGGAAGCUCUACCUGAUCCUGGACUUCCUGAGAGGAGGAGAUCUCUUCACCCGGCUCUCUAAGGAGGUGAUGUUCACGGAGGAGGAUGUGAAGUUUUACCUGGCUGAACUCGCUCUCGCCCUCGAUCACCUUCACGGCCUCGGAAUCAUUUACAGAGACCUCAAGCCAGAGAACAUCCUGCUCGAUGAAGAGGGACACAUCAAGCUGACUGACUUUGGCCUCAGCAAGGAGUCGAUAGACCACGAGAACAAGGCCUACUCCUUCUGUGGGACGGUGGAGUACAUGGCGCCCGAGGUGGUGAACCGGCGAGGACACACACACAGCGCCGACUGGUGGUCGUACGGCGUUCUCAUGUUCGAGAUGCUGACGGGAACGCUGCCGUUUCAAGGCAAAGACCGGAAAGAGACGAUGACCAUGAUCCUCAAGGCCAAGCUGGGAAUGCCACAGUUUCUCAGUUCAGAAGCUCAGAGUCUCCUCAGGAACCUUUUCAAACGCAACCCUGCAAACAGACUAGGAGCCGGACCGGACGGCGUGGAGGAGAUCAAGAGGCAUCACUUCUUCAGCACCAUCGACUGGAACAAACUCUUCCGCAGAGAGCUCCCUCCUCCGUUCAAACCGGCUGCAGGACGACCUGACGACACUUUCUAUUUCGAUCCGGAGUUCACAGCUAAAACACCCCGAGACUCUCCGGGGGUUCCUCCCAGCGCCAACGCCCAUCAGCUGUUCAGAGGAUUCAGCUUUGUGGCCAUAACAGAAGAGGACACACAACCACAACCCAAUACUAUUGUACAGCAGCUUCACCGGAGCACGUCUCAGUUCUCAGACGCCUACGAGAUCAAAGAGGACAUCGGCGUCGGCUCCUACUCCAUCUGUAAACGCUGCGUACACAAAGGAACCGGCAUGGAGUACGCCGUCAAGAUCAUCAACAAGGCCAAGAGAGACCCGACGGAGGAGGUGGAGAUCCUGCUGAGAUACGGACAACACCCCAACAUCAUCACCCUCAAGGACGUGUAUGACGACGGCCGGUCCGUGUUCCUGGUGACGGAGCUGAUGAAAGGAGGCGAGCUGCUGGACAAAAUCCUCCGCCAGAAGUUUUUCUCCGAGAGAGAAGCCAGCGCCGUCCUCUACACCAUCACCAAGACGGUGGAGUACCUGCACGUACAGGGGGUGGUUCACAGAGACCUGAAGCCCAGCAACAUCCUCUACGUGGACGAGAGCGGGAACGCCGAGUCCAUCAGGAUCUGUGACUUCGGCUUCGCCAAACAGCUGCGAGCGGAGAACGGGCUGCUGAUGACGCCGUGCUACACCGCCAACUUCGUCGCUCCAGAGGUGUUGAAGAAGCAGGGAUACGAUGCAGCCUGCGACAUCUGGAGCCUGGGCGUGCUGCUCUACACCAUGCUGACGGGUUUCACUCCCUUCGCUAACGGGCCGGAGGACACGCCGGAGGAGAUUCUGGCUCGUAUCGGCAGCGGGAAGUUCUCACUCACUGGAGGAUACUGGAACUCUGUGUCUGCUGAGGCCAAGGACCUGGUGUCUAAGAUGCUGCAUGUGGACCCUCACCGCCGGCUGACGGCGGGUCAGGUCCUCCGACACCCCUGGGUGACGCACCGAGACCAGCUGCCCAAAUACACCCUGAACAGACAGGACGCUCCACACCUCGUCAAGGGUGCGAUGGCGGCGACCUACUCUGCUCUGAACAGGAACGUCCCUCCGGUCCUGGAGCCGGUGGGCUGCUCCACUCUGGCCCAGAGGAGGGGGAUGAAGAAGAUCACCUCCACCGCCCUGUGACACCCCCUCCUCCUUCACCUCCUCCUCCUCCUUCACCUCCUCCCGUCAACUCUGACCUCCAUCUGACCUCCGCCGGACCCCCUCCCCCCCUCCGGUCCGGUCCGGUGGGACAGACUACUGAUGAACCCAGGAACCGCUCACGCCAAAUAGGAACGCCGCGGACCCCCGCCGCCCCCCCUCCGCCACCACUCCCGCCCUCUGUCCUGCACCUUAACGGACUCUUCUGAUUGGCUGGUUAUUUCUCAGCUCCGGCCGGACUCGUGAGAACCUGUUCCCGUCUUUGCUUCGGACAAUCAGCGCCGCCUCGCAGACCUGGACACGGAGCGCGCUUCAGGAAAAACAAAAGUAUUUAUUUACUUGGAACGGGGAACAUAGAACACGGUAAUCUAAUGUAUGCAUUCAAAGAGCUAUAGGAUCAUUGUUAUUAUACUGUCGUCACGGUUCUGCGUAGCUGUAGAUCCUGUAUUUAAACCUCAAGUAGCCUCGGAGAUCACGGCGUCUGCAGAGAAGGACAGAAGCUCCCAGAGCCUCGGCCUCAAAGUGUUGCGGGAAAAAAUCAAGACUUCAGAUAGUAUUUACUCACAUUUAAGUCCUGACUUGAUGGAUUUCAGAUAAAAAGAGAUUCCUGUAAUCAGUAUUUUUUACCUUUUAGGUGCAAAAAGACAAAAUUGUGUCUGUAACUCACGAUUAUCAAUAAAUGUCAGAAAAUAGUGCAAGAACAUCCAUCUCCAGCGUGCAAGAUCUUUAAAUAUCUUGUUUUUUCAGUCCAAAACCAAAAGAUUUUCACUCUAUUAUGAUAUAAAAACACAGAGACAUCUCCAUAUUUGAGAGGCUGAGAUGAACAUUUUCUGGCAUUUUUGAAUGAAAAAUUACUUCCACGAUUGAUAGAUUAUCAAAAUAGUUGGAGAUUAGUCGACUAAUUGUUGCAGCUUCACUGCAGAUUACUUAAUUAUUAUUUAAUUAUUAUUUAAAUUAGAACAUUUGGAUCAUCAUGGAUCUAAAAGUGUAUCAAAAACUAAACUAAUUUUGGAAUAGAAAUCAAGUUUUUGUCCAGACAGAUUUCACAUAAAAGACUGUUUGAAUUAAUAUGAUAAUAAAUAUAUUUUCACUAUUAGUGUGAGUGAAAACCCAAUUAACUAGUAACUAGUAAUUUGUCAGAAGUCAGAAAAUUACAAUGUGAGGAAAAAAUAUGAACAAAAACAAACAGAUUCUGUCUUUAUUUUGUCUUUUGUUUUUGUUUUUAAAGCUGCACAAGGCAACCUUGCGUUGUGUGGUGCCCUCUGGUGGCGCCUUCGAUAAAGCACUUCUAUAAAAACAUGCAAAGCUUCUUUUGCACUUUUCUCCAGAUACCAACGACACCAUUUCUAUACUUAAUAAAAAAGGCUGAAAUAACCACUACUGCUGUUGUGGAAGCUUCAGAUAUAUUGGAAAAAGAAAUGCUGUCAUGUCAGGAUUAAUAAUAUCAUCCAGAAGUGCACACAGCUCCAUAAAUUUCACUGCCUUCUCCAGGAAUAUACGACUAGAUAAACCUAAAAUAACCUGAUUUUGCUGCAAACAAAACAGUAAAAAAAUUUGAUGAAAUAACUUUAACAUGAUGCAAUCAGGGCGAUGCAUACUGCCACUAAAACAGCAGUUAGAAAAACAGAUAAACAGAUUUUGCCAUGAUUACCUGCAAUAAAUUGACCCAAAAAUAUGCAGAACAUGAUGCAGAUGUGUAAAAAGUCUUAAUUCUUGUUCUGUCUGGUCUGUCUGCAAGACGACAAGCAAACAACUUUAAAAAUGCUUUUUUUCUGAAUGGAGUUCAGGACAAUCAGGGUGAUGCAGACUGCCACUGAAACAGCAGUUUGAACCCAAAUAAAGAGAUUUUGGCACAAUGUAAUGGCAAUUAAUUGAUCCAAAAAUAUGCAGAAAUAUCCACAACAUGAUGCAGAUGUGUAAAAAGUCUGAGUUCAUGCUUUGACAGGUCUGUCUGCAAGACGGCAAGACAACAACUUUUAAAAUGCUUGUUUUCUGAAUGGAGUUCUGAUCCAUAAGACCUCAACACAUGUCUCAACACAAAAGCACGUUUUGCAAAUUUAGAUCUUUGCAUUGACUUCAUUUAAAAUCCCAAAAAAGCUUGAAAAGUUAAAUUUGUUGUGAACAUCCAACCAUCAAAGUACCAAAAAUAAAAGCACUCAUGCAAAAUGCAUGCAAAUUGAAUGCAUGGGUGUUUUAGUCCGAUAAUAAUAAGAUUUGAAGUAAAGUAACUCAAAAAGCUUAUUUUCCAUAUCUGGCAAAUCCAACUAGAAUCUAAAGUGUCUUCCAGGCUGAUAAAACAAUCAUUUUUUGUGUAUUUUUUUGUUCCUUGUGCAGCUUUAAGAUAAGAUAAUUAAAUAUGAAACACUUUGAGGCAGUGAAAGUGGCUGUAGUCGUGGAAACGGGGGACAUUUGCACAACAAACAUGAGAGAACGUGUCGAGGAGUCCCAUUUUAUCAGCAUCCCACCUGGAAACAAGCUGCCCUGCUCACCUGUUGGAUGUAUAGAAAAAGAAAAAAAAAGAAAUAAGGAAAGCGAGCUUCCUGCUUCCACAAACUUGAACCGGGAUCUGAACCUUCUUCUGUACGAGCCGACUGAUCUUCUCUGUGUGCGUGUGUGCAGCAGACGGGGAGCUGAACUGUAAAUAUAAAUCCAUGUACGAGCAACUCAGGUUUCUACGAAUCAAGACAAUGCAUUUUUAUAUAAACAUGUGCAGGAGGAGAGAGGUGUACAUACACAUGAAACAAGCACACAGGUGUGACAGGCGAGCAGCACACGAGGAGUUUUAUCCCAAAACCUGAGCAUGCAUUUCACCUUUCACCAACAAAAGUCUCAUUUAAUUAUGUUUCUGGAGUCAAACUCUCAUUUCUCUUCAUCUCCAACGCGUUCGUGGCGAUUUUUCUGUCAGCAGUACCCUUUAAAAAGUGUAGCAGCAGAAAGAAAAACACUCACCUCGGCACAUUUAGACACAUUCCAGUUGUAUUCAGGCUUCAAAGCCUUCAGUGGAGAAAUUAAAGGGUCAGUUCACACAAAUUCCUCUCUUAACUCUUUUAAAAUGAAAACCGUGGUGCUUUCAGCUGAUUAGAUGCCUGCAUGUAAUUCCGUGUUAUUCCACUAGAGGGCACUUAUCUCCCAAACGGUGCACACUUGAUGCUUUCAAGAUUUAUCAGGAAAAAAAAUCAAGACUUAGGAAAAGAUAACAAGUAUUUACUCACAUUUCAGUUCUGACUUGAUGGAUUUCAGAUAAAAAGAGAUUCCUGUAAUCCUGUAUUUUUACCUUUCAGCUGCAAAAAGACAAAAAUCGUCUCUGCAGGUCAGAUCUGCAACUGACUAUUAUUUUUCUUGAUUUUUCAAUUGGUCUAUAAAAUGUCAGAAAAUAGUGCAAAAAAACAUCCAUCUCCAGCGUGCAAGAUCUUUAAACAUCUUGUUUUUUCAGUCCAAAACCCAAAGAUUUUCAGUUUGUUAUGGUAUAAAACAGAGAAACACAGAAACAUCUCCAUAUUUGAGAGGCUGAGAUGAGCAUUUUCUGGCAUUUUUGCAUGAAAAAUUACUUCUACAAUUGAUUGAUUAUCAAAAUAGUUGGAGAUUAGUCAACUAAUUGUUGCAGCUUCACUGCAGAUUACUUAAUUAUUACUUAAAAGAUUCCUGCAAUCCAGUAUUGCUACCUUUCAGGUGCAAAAAGACAAAAAUUGGUUGGGAGAAAUCCAUCUCCAGCGUGCAAGAUCUUUAAAUAUCUUGUUCUAUCAUAUUAGAUAUUCAGUUUAUUAUGAUAUGAUGAUGCUUUCAGCCGAUUAGAUGCAUGCAUGUUGUUCCGUGUUAUUCCACUAGAGGGCGUUUGUCUCCCGAACGGUGCACACUUUUUCAGAUUUUUCAGAUUUUAAAUCAAACACUGGAUACUACAUCCCCCAUAAUGCAAUAGUGUCUUUCAUUAGACUCUCUUUCAUGUCUUCCAAACUCCACGUUUCAUAAAAACACACCGAGCAGCUGCAAAAUAAAAAUGUGCAAUACGAGAUUUAAUAACACAAUAUUUACUUCUAUAUUUCAUGAUAUGACGUCAACUUUUGCAACUUUUUUCCAACAAUUGAGAACCAAUUUUUUCAGAUUAUUCCAUCAAAACAAACGCGUAGGACUGAAUCCGUGCAGGUGAACUGUCCCUUUAAUUUAAUCCGACACACAAUCAGGUGGAUUGGUGGUAAAAUAAAAUAAUCUCCUCAGAAACGUUCUCGUCUUUCACUCUGAGAUAAGAAGUGAAUCUGCGCCUGUGUGCCUCUGCUCCUCUCUCCUGAUUUUAACCGUCUGAAGACAAUCAGCGAGCACUAAAAUAAAAAAACAUAAACUCUCUCCUGCAAGAUAAAUACUGUAAUAAUGUUUCUGUGAAUGAUUGAAAACUGCUUCCUUCCUCCCUGCGCUCUUCUGAAUGUCUGUCGAGAUAAAGGGAUAAAACUUUUACUGCUCUGAGACAAAAAAAUCUAUUAUUCUUUGUUUUAUAUAUAAUAUGAAAUAUAUAAAUGUUGUUUGCCUCGUCUAUCGAUGUACAGCUCUGGGAUAAAGGAAUGUAAAAGGAUUUUUUUUUCUGUAAUUAUGAACUGGGGAACAGCUUUCUUCUUCUUCUCUUUCUCUCUCUUUCUCUUCUUCUCUCUUCUGUCUGACUCUGUCAGCGUUCGGCCCUGCUGCUACGCCAGCUCUCUGUUUUUGUACCUGCAGUGAGAGUUGGACUUUCUAUUAAAAAUAAUAAAAAGGAAAUCAGAUAAUUA